UUUCGUGAAUUAGAUUAGAUUAGCGAAGUUUGUCUAAGUCUCUCUCUUGGGGCCAAAGCAUCGUUUGUCAAUGGAAUUUGGCGAUGAAUUGAUCGAAGAUAUCGAUUGGAAUGCUUUGUUGGAGUGGGAGCCGCCCGUUCUCACCACUGAUUCCUCCGCUUCUUCUCCCUCGUCCGACCCUUCCUCGUGGAUCGAUGAGAUUGAAAACUUGUUGAUGAAGGAAGACGAUGAGGAGGCUGCUCCCAAGUCUGACCACGACGACGACCACAACGACAACGAAUUUUGUCAAAAUUUUCUCGCAGAUAUACUUGUAGAUUCUCCUGGCAACGAUUCCGACGAGGCCCCCACCGUCUCCGCCGCCGCCGCCGAGAAUGAUGGCAACGUUUCUAGCGAUGGAAAUUUUAAUUCCGAGAAGGAAGUAGAAGCGAAUCUCGACAACGAAGACGCCGAUGAUCCUGUCUCCAAGAAACGCAGAAGGCAAGUGAGGAAUAGAGAUGCGGCGGUGAGAUCAAGGGAGAGGAAGAAGAUGUAUGUGAAGGAAUUGGAGAUGAAAAGCAAGUAUUUGGAAGGAGAAUGCAGAAGACUGGGGCGUUUGCUCCAGUGUGUCUAUGCAGAGAAUCAAGCUUUACGCCUUAGUAGUAGUUGUUACGCAUUUGGUGGUUCCACCACAACCAAGCAGGAGUCUGCCGUGCUCUUCUUGGAAUCCCUGCUGUUGGGUUCCCUGCUAUGGUUACUAGUGGGCACCAUCACAUGCCUGUUAACACCGCAACUCACCCCUCCUCGACAACAACAACAACUACUAAAUCAAAAUCAAGAACAAGAUCGAAGAGAAUCAAGAAGUGACAAGAAUUAUGGGUACCCAAUCCAAUCUUUUGUAAAGAGUAGAAGAUGCAAAGCCUCCUGGACCAAGAUGAAACCUCCACCACACUUUCAAUUUCAUGGUUCUCUCCUAGUUUUUUAAUGUGUUACUCUAGCAAUGGGGCUUUAGUUAACUUUCUUCUUACCUAUAUAAAUUAUUAGUAUGUGUAUUUCUGGUUCUGUUUCGGAUUAUUAUGUAUUAUUAAUAUUAGUACGAGUUUAUGAAUUUAUAUAUUCCUAAAAAGAAAAAAAAAGAGAUCUAUGGUUUUGGUGUUGGAGUGUUAGGUGGGUGAUCUGGUGCUGGUGGUGUGUUUGUUGUAGUUUUAUUAGUUGAGCAGUUUGGUGAGUCAGUGGGCCAAUUUUUUAAAAUUACAGGAAUAUCCCUUUUGAGUUUUGAGCAUAUUCUCUCAAUCAAGAAUCCAUAGUUUAGUUUAGUUUGGUUUGGGUUGGUAAAUUUGCUUUUUCAACCUUUUAUCUUUAACACCUUUCCGCUCAUAGAUUCAUCUCUGUCCAAUUCAAUAAUAUCAAUGUGAAUUUCCCAAAUUAGCCUCA